GUAAAGUUCUGCAAGUUUCUCUCUACAAUAAAGAAGUGUCUCUGAGAAACACCGUGGUGGGACAUGGCUUCAUCAGGCUGUCUGCUGUCUGAAGAUCAGUUUCUGUGCUCCAUCUGUCUGGAUGUGUUCACUGAUCCUGUCACCACAUCAUGUGGACACAACUUCUGCAAAACCUGCCUCAUUAAAAACUGGAGUAUUAAUUACAGGUGUCGAUGUCCCAUGUGUAAAGAGGUUUUUACCACAAAGCCUGACUUGAAGGUCAACACUUUGCUCUCUGAGAUGGUUUCUCAGUUCAGACAGUCAGCUCAACAGAAAGCCAGCAGCAGCAGCUCAGAGCAACAAGUGUCCAAACCAGGAGAAGUUCCCUGUGACGUCUGCACUGGAACCAGACUGAAGGCCCUGAAGUCCUGCCUGGUGUGUCUGGCCUCCUACUGUCAGACUCACCUGGAGCCUCACCUGACAGCUUCAGGUCUGAAAAGACAUCAGCUGAUCGACCCUGUGGAGAACCUGGAGGACAGGAUGUGUCUGAAGCACAAUAAACUUCUGGAACUGUUCUGUAGGACCGACCAGACAUGUGUCUGUGUCCUCUGUCCUGUUUUAGACCACAAGAUGCACGAGUUUGUUUCUCUGAAAGAGGAAUAUGAAGAUAAGAAGGCAGAACUGAAGAAGACAGAGGCUGAAAUUCAGCAGAUGAUCAAGAAGAAACGAUUGAAGAUUCAGGAGAUCAAACAGUCAGUCGAGCUCAAUAAAGCAGAUUCAGACAGAGAGAUAGCAGAAGGUGUUCAGGUCUUCACUUCUCUGAAGGUAACUGUUGAGAGAAGCCAGGCCGAGCUCAUCAGAACAAUAGAAGAGAACCAGAAGAAGACAGAGAAACAGGCUGAAGACUUCAUCAAAGAGCUGGAACAAGAAAUCUCUGAGCUGAUGAAGAGAAGGACUGAGGUGGAGCAGCUCUCACAGUCUGAAGACCACCUCCAUCUUCUCCAAAACGUUCCAUCUCUGAGCCCUGCUCCACCCACCAAGGACUGGACAGGAGUCAGAGUCCGUCCAUCACAUGAAGGAACUGUGGUGAGAGCUGUGGCUCAGCUGGAGGAAACACUCAGUAAACAGAAGAAGAAGCUGCUUGAAGCUGAGCUGAAGAGGGUCCAGCAGUAUGCAGUGGAUGUGACUCUUGAUCCUGAUACAGCAAACUCCUACCUUAUCCUGUCUGAUGAUGGGAAACAAGUGAGUUAUGGUGAUGAGAAGAAGAAUCUUCCUUACAAACCAGAGAGGUUUUCACUCAGUCUCUGUGUCUUAGGAAAGCAGAGUUUCUCUUCAGGCAGAUUUUACUUUGAGGUUCAGGUUACAGAAAAGACUGAGUGGCAUCUAGGAGUGGCCAGAGAGUCGAUCAACAGGAAGGGGGCAAUCACACGGAGUCCUCAGAAUGGUUUUUGGACAAUACAUUUGAGAAAUGGAAAUGAGUUCUAUGCUGCUGCUGGCCCUGAUGUCAGUCUGUCUCUGGUCUCUCGGCCUCAGAAGGUGGGGGUGUUUGUGCAUUAUGAGGAGGGUCUGGUCUCCUUUUAUGACGUAUCUGCAGCUCUGAUCUUCUCCUUUACUGGCUGCUGCUUCACUGAGAAACUCCUCCCAUACUUCUGUCCUGGUCUGAAUGAAUGUGGUGAAAACUCUGCACCUCUGAUCAUCUCACCGUUCAUCACAGUAGACUAAUCAUCUGUAGACCUCAGUCUGACUGAAGUCCACCAACAAACUGAAAAAACUGAACAAAUCAAGUUUGCUUCAACAAGCGUAUUGGACCAUCAAAUAGCUGGUAAACCCACAUCAGGAGCUUAAUGAGUGAGGAGCUGAGGCUGAGCAGCUCUCAUGUUUUAAAGACCUCCUGCACUAAAGAUUUAUUAUCUUGCAAACCGCUGCAUGUCCUACUAAUGGGAUCACUGUUAUAAAUAUUCAAGGGUAAAUAUGUUGAUUUCCAAAACUAUUUUUACGUUUAGGAACUCAACAGUUGUACAGUUCUAAAAAUAAAUUGUCUGUAUCUUUUACUGGCCAUUAAGCAGCUCGUUAGUCCAUCAUCUCUCUGAAUGUUUCAGCUCUGGUCUCUUUAACGUUACUUCUAUAUGUCUAAUGUUCACUUUGUUCUGAUUGUUUUGUUCCAAAUCCAUAAUCUGUCUCUUAUACUCAUCAGUGUUUGUGUGAUUAAACCUAACUAGAACUUAUUCACACUGUUAUCACAUUGUAAAUAGAGAGAAGAAGUCACGUCCCCUCCGGUUUCCCUGUUUGAAUCGUGUUGUAAAUCAAUACUAUGAUGUUUGUCAGUUUGAAAUAUAAUCAUGAGUUACCAUGAGUUUGUUU